AACGCACCGCGAGGAGAAACGGGCGGUGCCGCGGGAGGGCGCAGGGCGCAGGGCGCCGGCGGCCGCGGAGGGGGCCCGGGCGAGGCGGAGCCCCGGCGCGCCGCCAGGCUGGUGGGGGGCCUCGGCGGGCUGCAGAUUCCCUCCGGCUCCGGGAGCCACGACAGGACCGGCCAGGAGGCGCCAUGGAGGGCAGCCCCAUUCCAGUGUUGACGGUGCCCACGGCGCCCUACGAGGACCAGCGGCCGGCCGGCGGCGGGGGGCUGCGGCGGCCCACCAGCCUCUUCGAGGGUCAGCGGAACUACCUGCCCAACUUCAUCCAGAGCGUGCUGUCGUCCAUCGACCUGCGUGAUCGCCAGGGCUGCACCAUGGUGGUGGGCAGCGAUGGCAGGUACUUCAGCAAGACAGCCACGGAGAUCGUGGUGCAGAUGGCCGCGGCCAACGGGAUUGGACGACUUAUUAUUGGACAGAAUGGCAUCUUGUCAACACCUGCAGUUUCCUGCAUUAUCAGAAAGAUCAAGGCAGCUGGUGGAAUCAUCCUAACAGCCAGCCAUUGCCCUGGAGGACCAGGGGGGGAGUUUGGAGUGAAGUUUAAUGUUGCCAAUGGAGGUCCUGCACCAGAUGUUGUCUCAGACAAAAUCUAUCAGAUCAGCAAAACAAUCGAGGAAUAUGCCAUAUGUCCUGAUCUUCGAAUUGAUCUGUCUCGACUAGGAAGACAAGAAUUUGAUCUGGAGAACAAAUUCAAACCAUUCAGAGUGGAGAUAGUGGACCCCGUGGACAUCUAUCUCAACCUCCUUCGAACCAUCUUUGACUUUAAUGCCAUCAAGAGUUUGCUGACUGGGCCCGGCCAACUGAAGAUCCGCGUUGAUGCAAUGCAUGGAGUGAUGGGACCUUAUGUGAGAAAAGUUCUGUGUGAUGAGCUGGGGGCCCCAGCCAAUUCUGCAAUCAACUGCGUUCCGCUAGAAGACUUCGGAGGGCAAUAUCCUGACCCAAACCUGACCUAUGCAACGACUCUCCUGGAAGCCAUGAAAGGAGGGGAAUAUGGAUUUGGAGCUGCAUUUGAUGCUGAUGGGGACCGUUAUAUGAUCCUAGGCCAAAAUGGCUUCUUUGUGAGCCCUUCUGACUCCCUGGCCAUCAUUGCCGCCAACCUCUCUUGCAUUCCAUAUUUCCGUCAGAUGGGGGUCCGUGGGUUUGGGAGGAGUAUGCCGACCAGCAUGGCCCUGGACAGAGUGGCCAAAUCAAUGAAGAUUCCUGUAUAUGAGACCCCGGCUGGGUGGAGAUUCUUCUCAAAUCUGAUGGACUCAGGGCGGUGCUCUCUGUGUGGAGAGGAGAGCUUUGGCACUGGCUCUGACCAUCUCCGAGAGAAGGAUGGUCUCUGGGCCGUCUUGGUCUGGCUCUCCAUUAUCGCUGCCCGAAAGCAGAGUGUGGAGGAAAUCGUCCGAGAUCACUGGGCCAAAUUUGGCCGCCACUACUAUUGCAGGUUUGACUAUGUGGGGCUGGAGCCCAAGACGACGUACUAUAUCAUGAGGGACCUGGAGGCCCUGGUCACAGGCAAGUCCUUCGUCGGCCAGCAGUUUGCCGUGGGGAGCCAUGUCUACAGUGUGGCAAAGACAGAUUGCUUUGAGUACGUGGACCCUGUGGAUGGCACCGUGACCAAGAAACAGGGCCUGAGGAUCAUCUUCUCAGACGCAUCCCGGCUCAUCUUCCGGCUCAGCUCCUCCAGUGGUAUGCGGGCCACCAUCAGACUGUAUGCAGAGAGCUACGAGAGGGAUCCCAGCGGCCAUGACCAGGAACCACAGGCAGUCCUGAGCCCUCUCAUAGCCAUUGCACUGAAAAUAUCCCAGAUUCAUGAGAGAACUGGCCGCAGGGGACCUACUGUCAUCACCUGAAGGGAAGAAAGAUCCCUCACCAGGGCCAAAGAGAGCGCUCGGCGGGAGAUGCUUCACCAAUGCCUUCUUGCUACCUGUUUGUGCCUCUUAUGACUUUGGAUAAAACAAAAGAUUUUUGCUUUGGGGGGAAGGGGGGGUGGGUAGGAAAAAAAAUCCGUUUUGUUUUGAUUUUGACCAGUUCCUCCAAAUGCAACAGGGUCUUUAGUGGUCUGUUAAAGCUGCACUAUCACUUGCUAACUAUAGUUCAUCGCACAAAGGACCUUCCCCUUUUGAGAAAGAAUAAGUGGGCUAGGACACUGUUAAUCUGUGGAUCAUUGGUGCCAUGGAAGAAUAGGUUCUGAGAUAAUGAAAGAGAGUACAGUGAGAGAUUGAAACUGACCUUGAGGCCUAGGUACCCCUGGACAGGCAGAAGAUGACACUCCUCAGCACAGAGGAGGAUUCAGCUCUUCUCCUAGGGCAGGUCUGCAAUGAAGGAAGGUUUUAGAACUAAUAGCCCACCUGGCUCCCACCAACCAUUUGACAGCCCAACCUUCCCCAUCUCCUCCCAGCAUUCCUGUGCCACCUUCUCUCAUGUCUUCUAAAGCUUUCUACAGAUCACAAUGGCACACUUCCAACAGAACAUAUCAAAGGAUGUUUUUCUCUCUUAUUUUAUAAAUAAUAACGAUUUUUAGCUAUUAAACCAGCUGCCUUCCUUCACUUCCAGCCAUUCAUUGUGCAGGUGGGGAGAAGUUUCUUGAUAAGACUCUGCAAAUGAAUGCUUAAAAUUGGGGAGGGGCUCCUUCCUUGAUGGCAUCAUGUAAGUUGAGACAUGGGUUUAUACAAAUGCUCCCGAGAGGACAGAAAUACCACUAGGUCUGAGAACUCUCUGCCUUUUUCAGUAAGGACCUAUUUGAAUGCACUCGUUUGGCCAUGGUUCUGAUCUUACUUAUAGUGACUGUCCAAGGAGAGAAUGAAACACUGUGAAAGAAGGAAAUGAAGUGGUUGCCGGAAGAGAAUAUUACUGGUGGUCUAUGCCUGAUGAGAUGGAGGGGAGGGCAGGGACCCCUGCUGGAAGGUAGAGGGGCACAAAUGACUUUCUUUGCUUGGGAAAGGGAUAUUGCAGCUCUAGCAGCCUCGUUCCUACCCAGCCAGGACACUGGGUGCGUGGGACCUGUUUGCAUCUGUUUUGCUUCCUUGGGAACGGCACACUCACUUAUCCUGCCAUUUGUGGAGAUGACCUGGUGCACUUUGACUGUUAAGCAAUGCAUUAUUGCUGUAGUCAAGGCUAGUGCAAGCAAGGAAACAUUCCCAGGAAGGUAUUUGUUUCCAUUUUCUGUCUAAGCUUCUGUCACAAACUUGCUAUGACAUUUAGUAGCCAAUAAAAAAAAAAAUUCCUUAUUUCAACCUUA